UGUCAUCCUAGUGGCUGUUUGAUAGACCUCUGCCUCCAGAUGGGUGUUAUCAUGUUUUUGAAGCAAAUAUGGAACAACUUCAUGGAAUUGGGAUACCCGUUGAUCCAGAACUGGUGGUCACGACAUAAAAUCAAGCGGGGAAUACAAGAUGCUUCCAUACCUCAGUGGGAAAAUGAUUGGAAUCUGCAGCCUAUGAAUAUUCACGGACUAAUGGAUGAGUACUUAGAAAUGGUUUUGCAAUUUGGUUUUACCACCAUCUUUGUUGCUGCUUUUCCUCUGGCCCCUCUUUUGGCUUUGUUAAACAAUAUCAUUGAAAUCAGGCUGGAUGCAUACAAAUUUGUCACCCAGUGGCGGAGGCCUCUGCCAGCCCGAGCAACUGACAUAGGUAUCUGGCUUGGAAUUCUUGAAGGAAUCGGUAUAUUGGCCGUGAUCACCAAUGCGUUUGUAAUUGCUAUCACAUCUGAUUACAUCCCACGUUUUGUUUAUGAAUACAAAUAUGGGCCCUGUGCAAAUCAUGGAAAACCGAAUGAAAAUUGCUUGACGGGAUAUGUCAACAAUAGCCUAUCCUUCUUUGAUCUGAGUGAACUUGGUAUGGGAAAAUCUGGUUAUUGCAGGUACCGAGACUACAGAGGUCCCCCUUGGAGCUCCAAACCCUAUGAGUUCACCUUACAAUACUGGCAUAUCCUCGCUGCUCGAUUGGCCUUCAUUAUCGUGUUUGAGCACCUUGUUUUUGGGAUUAAGUCAUUCAUCGCAUACCUGAUUCCAGAUGUACCAAAGGGCCUGUAUGACCGAAUACGACGGGAGAAGUACUUAGUCCAGGAAAUGAUGUAUGAGGCCGAACUAGAACAUUUGCAGCAACAACGGAGAAAAAGUGGUCAGCCUGUUCAUCAUGAGUGGCCUUAGUUGAUGCCUGUUACCCAGUAGAGGUGGUAACAUUAGUGGGAAGAAAUGAUGGCGACUUUGAAUUCUAGGUGGGAUCUAGGUGGAAGGCAUACUUGGCAAACCAUAUGUAUGAUAUGCUACUUGGAAAUGUAUCACAGCCAUCUCUGGGAUUUGGAAUAUCCAGGCUUCUAGGGCAGAAAAUGAUGAUUUAUGACCUUACAAAGG